UCUCUAAGUUAAAUAAUGGCAGAGAAGAGGAGUAUGUUAGAGUUUGAAGCCCUGGCAGCCUCCACCGCUGCUGCCCUGGAGAAUCUGCAAGUGGAGGCAAACUGCUCCGUGUGCCUGGAAUAUCUGAAGGAGCCGGUUAUCCUUGAAUGCGGGCAUAACUUCUGCAAAGUCUGCAUCACCCGCUGUUGGGAGGACCUAGAGCAGGACUUCCCUUGCCCGGUCUGCCGAAAGACAUCCCAAUACCAGAAUCUCUGGCCUAAUAGACAACUGGGAAGUAUGGUGGAAAUCGCCAAAUAUCUCAAGCGCGUCAGACAGAAAACCAGAGAAGAAAACCUUUGUUUUGAACACCAGGAGGCAAUGAGCCUCCUCUGCUACGAAGACCAGGAGGCUGUCUGUCCGACAUGUGCAAUAUAUCAUACCCAGCAAGCUCACACUGUUCUGCAACUGGAUGAUGUUACAAAAGAGUGCAAGGAGAAACUGCAGAAGUGCCUUGAGCUCCUGAACCAGAAGCUUCGGGAUAUCAGCCGCUGCAAAGCCUCUGAAGAAAAGAAACCAGGGGAGCUCAAGAGACUAGUGGAGAGCCGCAGACAGCAAAUCCUAAAGGAGUUUGAAGAGCUCCACAGGAGGCUGGAUGAGGAACAGCAGACUCUCCUUUCCAGACUGGAAGAAGAAGAGCAGGACAUUCUACAGAGGCUUCGAGAAAAUGCUGCUCACCUUGGGGCCAAGCGCCAGGACCUGACCUACUUAGUUGCUGAGGUGGAGUGCAGAUCCUUACUGCCAGGCUUCAAGAUGCUUAAGGAUGUGAAAAGUACCCUGGAAAAAUGUGACAAGGUGAAGACCAUGGAGGUGACAACAGUAUCUAUAGAGCUGGAAAAGAACUUCAGUAAUUUCCCCCGGCAGUACUUUGCCCUCAGGAAAAUCCUCAAACAGCUAAUUGGUGACUCCCCACUCUGGCUUCUCCCGCCAGCGGAUGUGACCCUGGACCCUGAGACGGCUCAUCCUUGCCUUGUUCUGUCAGAGGAUCGGAAGAGUGUCAAGUUUGUGGAGACAAGACGCAGAGACCUCCCUGACACACCACAGCGUUUCACUUUCUACCCUUGUGUCUUGGCUACUGAAGGCUUCACCUCAGGUCGACACUACUGGGAGGUGGAGGUGGGAGACAAGACCCACUGGGCAGUGGGAGUAUGCCGGGACUCUGUGAGCAGAAAGGGCGAAUUGACUCCACUCCCUGAGACUGGCUACUGGAGAAUACGGCUGUGGAAUGGGGACAAGUAUGCAGCCACCACCACACCUUUCACUCCUUUGCACAUCAAGGUGAAACCUAAGAGGGUGGGCAUAUUCCUAGACUAUGAGGCCGGCACAUUGUCUUUUUACAACGUCACGGACCGCUCACAUAUCUAUACCUUCACUGACACUUUUACUGAAAAACUUUGGCCCCUCUUCUACCCAGGGGUCUCGGCUGGCCGGAAGAAUGCUGCACCACUUACUAUCAGGCCCCCAACAGAUUGGGAGUGACAAGACAUGGAGCCUAAUUGGGGUGAGGCAGGGUGAAGAGUGACAACAGGUCUUCCUUACUGUGACCUGCUGGGAUAGCUUGGUGUCAACGUGGUUCCAGUCCUCAGCCAUCUUGAGAAACCACCUGGU